AUGGUUCGUACUUUGCAGUGCCGGAGGACCAAGCGGGCAGCUGCAAAGGCUCUUUGGUUGUGGCAAGAGGGGUUCGUGAUUGUGUUCAGAUCGACACUUGAAGCAUUCGUGAUUCGAGAUUGCGCAGGUGCACACUCUGAGUGCGUGUGCACAGACCGUGGACGCAAGCUUUGUGUUGAUGCCGCAUCUCUCACUCGCUCAGAGCGGGCGUGGUGUGCUCAGACCGAGGUCAAAGUCGCUUCCUUGCACUUCGACUCGGACAUCCGGUACACGGCUCUGAACCACUUGGCCAGUCGAAAGCCGCUAAGACUUGCUCCCUGUUACAACCCUUGUCACUAG